ACGCGCAGUGUCGGGGCCGAGGUGGCUUCCGGCGGCGGCGGGGCCGCCCCGCCCUCUCUGCCCCGGGUCGCCAUCAUGGUGUUCAAGCGCUUCGUGGAGAUUGGCAGAGUUGCCUACAUCUCCUUCGGGCCACAUGCUGGCAAGCUGGUGGCCAUCGUGGAUGUUAUCGACCAAAACAGGGCACUGGUUGAUGGCCCCUGCAGUGGUGUCAGGAGGCAGGCCAUGCCCUUCAAGUGCAUGCAGCUGACUGACUUCGUUCUUAAGUUCCCACACAGUGCUCGUCAGAAGUGUGUGCGACUUGCUUGGGAGAAGGAAAAUAUAAACGAAAAAUGGUCAGCGACAAGAUGGGCAAAGAAGAUUGAAGCCCGAGAAAAGAAAGCCAAAAUGACUGACUUCGAUCGCUACAAGGUUAUGAAAGCAAAGAAAAUGGUAAGUGUUUGAGUGCCACUUCUUUAUGGGGUUAAUGCUUGUAGCUGUCACUUCAGAGUCACAUAC